CCGCGGGCUGACCGGCCGAGCGGGGCCCGCCCCCCGCGCCCACCAUGUACGCCUUUGUGCGGUUCCUGGAGGACAACGUCUGCUACGCGCUGCCCGUGUCGUGCGUGCGCGACUUCAGCCCCCGCUCGCGGCUGGAUUUUGACAACCAGAAGGUGUACGCCGUGUACCGCGGCCCGGAGGAGCUGGGCGCUGGGCCCGAGAGCCCCCCGCGCGCCCCCCGCGACUGGGGCGCGCUGCUGCUCCACAAGGCCCAGAUCCUGGCGCUGGCAGAAGACAAAUCUGACCUUGAAAACAGUGUGAUGCAGAAGAAAAUAAAAAUCCCCAAACUUUCUCUCAAUCUCGUAGAAGAAGAUGGGGAGGUUAAAGAUUAUGGGGAAGAAGAUUUACAGCUUAGACACAUCAAGAGACCCGAGGGGCGGAAGCCGAGCGAAGUGGCGCACAAGAGCAUCGAGGCAGUGGUGGCCCGGCUGGAGAAGCAGAACGGCCUGAGCCUGGGCCACGGCCCGUGCCCGGAGGAGGUGUUCGUGGAGGCCUCGCCAGGCACGGAGGACAUGGACAGUCUGGAGGACGCCGGCGUGCCCCGGGCUCUGUACGAGGAGCUGCUGCGCAACUACCAGCAGCAGCAGGAGGAGAUGCGCCACCUCCAGCAGGAGCUGGAGCGGACUCGGAGGCAGCUGGUGCAGCAGGCCAAGAAGCUCAAGGAGUACGGGGCGCUCGUGUCCGAGAUGAAGGAGCUCCGCGACCUCAACCGCAGGCUGCAGGACGUGCUGCUCCUGAGGCUGGGCAGUGGUCCCGCCAUUGACUUGGAAAAAGUAAAGUCAGAAUGUCUCGAGCCCGAGCCGGAGUUACGGAGCACUUUCAGUGAGGAAGCAAAUACGUCGUCCUAUUACCCUGCUCCUGCACCUGUCAUGGACAAGUAUAUCCUAGACAAUGGCAAGGUCCAUCUGGGAAGCGGGAUUUGGGUUGAUGAGGAGAAAUGGCACCAGCUGCAGGUCACGCAAGGAGACUCCAAGUACACGAAGAACCUGGCAGUCAUGAUUUGGGGCACAGACGUUCUGAAGAACAGAAGCGUCACGGGAGUUGCCACAAAAAAAAAGAAAGAUGCAGUCCCUAAGCCACCCCUCUCACCCCACAAACUAAGCAUCGUCAGAGAGUGUUUGUACGACAGAAUAGCACAAGAAACUGUGGAUGAAACUGAAAUUGCACAGAGACUCUCCAAAGUCAACAAGUACAUCUGUGAAAAAAUCAUGGAUAUCAAUAAAUCCUGUAAAAAUGAAGAACGAAGGGAAGCAAAAUACAAUUUGCAAUAAACUUUGGAUUUUUCAUAAA